AUGAACACGCUCUCUCGCCGUGAGGAGGAGACACUGCUCAAGCAGACUAAGGCAAGUGCCCUUAAGGAGUGCGAUUCCGUUGUAAAAGAGUUCGCUCAGUGCGCGGAAGGACGAACGUUCUCUGUGGCAUGGGAGUGUAGACAAAAGUACAAGGCAGUCCAGGACUGCAUGCUUCAAUAG